AUGGAUUCGUACGACUACCAGGAGCUGCUCCAUAAUUCCAGUUUCUGCCUGGUGCCCCGGGGCCGACGUCUUGGAUCGUUCCGCUUCCUGGAGGCCCUACAGGCGGCUUGUAUCCCGGUUAUUCUGAGUAACGGCUGGGAGCUUCCCUUCUCUGAAGUCAUCGACUGGAGGAAAGCCGCCAUCCUCGGAGAUGAGAGACUGCUGUUACAGGUUCCCUCCAUUACCCGGUCUGUGGGCCAUGACAGGAUCUUGGCACUCCGCCAACAGACUCAGUUCCUCUGGGACGCCUACUUCUCCUCUGUAGCCAAAAUCGUCUUAACUACUUUGGAGAUCAUCCAGGACCGUGUGGACUCCCAUGUGUCCAGAAGCCGGUUGUUGUGGAAUACCCUACCUGGUGGUCUCUAUGCACUCCCCCAGUACUCAACUGACCCUGCGCAGUUCCCUUUUUAUUAUGCCAUACUGGGUAAAAGCCCAUUGCAGCAGUUCACAGCAGUGAUCCAUACGGUUACUCCUCUGCAGUCCCAGAUCUCCCCUGUCGUGAAGCUCAUCAUCGCUGUAGCCAAGUCCAAGUUCUGUGCACAGAUUGUGGUUUUGUGGAACUGCGACAAGCCUUUACCCCCUAGGAACAAGUGGCCCUCCACCAGCGUGCCUCUCACUGUCAUUGAAGGACAGACCAAGACGAUGAGCAAUCGUUUUUUCCCCCACGAUGUCAUCCUCACUGAUGCUGUUCUCAGUCUGGAUGAAGACUCGGUUCUCUCAACCAAUGAGGUGGAUUUUGCCUUUAUUGUAUGGCAAAGUUUUCCAGAGCGUAUCAUAGGUUAUCCAGCAAGGAGCCACUACUGGGAUAGUUCCAGAUCCCGCUGGGGUUACACCUCCAAAUGGACAAAUGAAUACUCCAUGGUCCUAACAGGAGCAGCUUUCUACCACAGAUAUUACCACUACUUGUUUACCCACUACAUCCCGGCCAACCUGCUGACAACGGUGGACCGUAUGGCUAAUUGUGAGGACAUCCUGAUGAACUUCCUGGUUUCGGCCGUUACCAAGCAACCGCCCAUCAAAGUCACACAGAAGAAGCAGUACAAGGAAACUAUGAUGACCCAGGGCUCCAAGGCGUCUCGGUGGGCCGACCCCGACCACUUUGCCCAGCGCCAGACCUGCAUGAAUGCCUUCAGUCACUGGCUGGGUUUCAUGCCACUGGUGCACUCCCAGAUGAGAUUGGACCCUGUGUUGUUCAGGGACCAGGUUUCCAUCCUGAGGAAGAAAUACAGGGACAUUGAGAGGCUGUGAAUGCACAAGGAUACACACCAAAUCACUGACUGUGAGAGAGAGAGAGAGAGAGAGAAAGUAAGAGAGGUGGGCAAUAUGUGUGUGUUGUGAUUCCUGUUAGAGACGCCAUGAGAAGAACAUACACACACUGAAUGCGAACAUUUGUGAGGCUGUAAAGCUCACACAUGCACCGGACAUAAAAAUGAUACAAUACAGACAUACGCAUAAAGCAUUUAACUGCGUAUAUCUAUGAAAAAAAAGACUGCAUUCUGUAUGCGUGGUUGGUAACAGCGAGUGACUGUGCAUACUCACCAUCUGUGACAAUACACAUAAAUAUGAAUGCAUGGAUACACAUGCAACAAGACCUGGACCACAGACAUAUGUGUUGCAUGGUUUGAACAAGAAAACUGUACAAGGACCUGAAAAAUGUAAUGUGUUUUGUUUUGUUUUUUUAAAUCUAAGAGACAUGUUUAUUGUGGUUAUUGGCCUGCUGACUGUAGAAGAGUAUACAGUUUAAAGUUGGCCAAAAGGCUUAAGAGAUUUUAUGGGGUUUUAGGUUGUAUCCAAACAGUCUAAAAGUCAAAGGAAGCACUCUCUGGGGUUACGUAUGUUCAGUAGAUACACAAUGUGGACAGAAUGGACAAACUGAAGCCUCUGGUUCAGGCCACAUGACAGCUGUUACCCAAAAUACACCCAGAGACAAUGGCAAUAUGCAUCUUGUAUACUAUUGUAGAUUUUGAGCAGCAGUUCCUGUCUGUAUAAAGCAAAAAAAAAUAAAAUAAAGAGAUGUUAUGUUAUAA